AUGGAAUCCGUUCACUUUACCUUUCUUGAUUACAUUUUCUUCAUCAGUGUGUUUGUUAUAACAAUCGCAACUGCCUUAUACUAUGCAUUCAAUACACAGAAGCGUCGUUCAAUUGAGGAAUACCUUUUCGGCGGGAAAAAUCUCAAAGUCAUCCCUGUGUCAUUUUCCUUAGCAGCUACAGCUAUAUCGGGUUCCGCAACAAUUGGUCAGAGUAUGGAAGUCUACGCAUAUGGCAUUCACAACUGGAUGAUACUUGUGAAUUCUGUAACGUGGGUGAUUAUAAUGCAUUUUGUCUUCUUACCCGUAUUCUACGAACUACAACUUACAUCCACCUUCACAUACCUUGAAAUGCGUUUUGACAAGAGUGUCAAGUAUCUCGCUAGUAGUCUUUACGUCUUAACUGGGUGCUUCAUUCUUCCCCUUACAAUCUACGUGCCUGCUCUAGCUUUUCAAGAAUUAACUGGGAUUAAUCUCUAUGUUAUUUCAAUCGCCAUGGGUUUGCUAUGUAUUUGGUAUACGGCAGUAGGUGGGAUCAGGGCAGUUAUCAUUACGGAUAUGUUCCAAUUCUGCAUCAUAUUAGUAUCAGCCAUUGUGAUCCUAAUUGUUGGAUUGAGGAGUGUAGGUGGGUUCGGGAGUGUUUGGGAUGCCCUUGAACGUGGGAAGAGGCUGACUAUUGUCAAGUCUGAUCUGGACUUUGAAGCAAGAGGAACAAUUUGGGCAUACCUGUUCAGCAAUGUCUUCGUCCUACUUUAUUAUUUCGGCGUAAGUCAGAGUAGUGUUCAACGGUUUAUAUCUCUGCCAAGCAUUAAAGAAGCCAAAAUUGCCUUAUGGUGUCAGAGUAUUCUAUGCAAGACUAUUCUUCUUCUUCAAUUCAUCAUUGGAGCAAUUAUCUACACUUCGUACGAAGACUGUGAUCCCUUAACAUCAGGCGCUGUAAGGAAGAUCGAUCAGAUUUUCCCCCACUACAUACAGGAGAAAGCAUCACUCUUUUCCGGAUUUAGUGGGAUUUUUAUUGCUGGGAUUUUUGCAGCUGGUUUGUCUACAGCCUCAACACUUCUGAAUACAAUAAGUGGAACGAUCUACAAUGAUUUCCUUAAGAAUACUUUCAAAAAGACGGAUUUUGAUAAGGUUGUGAAGAUAACUGUGGCUGGUCUUGGAAUUGUAGGAAUCGUAAUGGUUUUCCUAAUACAACAAAUGGGCACAAUCUUCGCCAUUACCUUCCAAUGCUUCACUCUAUCAACAGUUGGUGUUCUUGGACUCUUUGCAAGUGGAAUACUUUUUCCGAAUAUCAACAGUCAGGUAAGAACAUAA